AUGUGUUGCAUUGUGCUAUGUUCUGCUCUGCCGCUGGACGGCUGGUACGACUACUUACCUCUCUUCUGCCCCUCAGUGACAUCGUUCUCACUUCCACCAGCCCUGUCCGCCAUGGGCUCCAAAGUCUCCACGUCGGCUUCGGCGUAUCCAGCGUCGCGGCACUUGGCGCUGCUGGGCGAUUCCACCAUCGACAACGCCGGCUGGGUGCCCCGCGGCGAGCCCUGCGUGACGGACCAGGUCCGGGAGCUUGAACCCAAUGUCACCAUGUGUGCCCGUGAUGGGGCCCUGAUCGCCGCGGUGCGUCGCCAGUCCCUGGAGCUGCCGGAGAGUUGCACCGACGUGGUGGUCUCGGUGGGGGGCAACAACGCCACGGCGGCCACCACCACGGUGCUGGGAGGCGACGUGCCCAGUAGCGUGGAAGAGGCGUUGUGUCGAUUGUACACCUUUGCACAAGCCUUUGAAGCCGAAUUUGACAUUGAAAUGACGGAACUGGCUCGCAGCAUUGGCCCAUCGCGGCGUUUGGUGAUCUGUUCCUGCUACAACCCCUGCUUCGCGCCUUUUAACGUCACCACCGUGUCUCAGCCCGUGGCGAACCUGGCGUUGAGCGUUUUGAGCGACGCCGUGCUACGUGUGGCCACGCGCUUGAGAGCACCGGUCAUUGACCUGCGGCGAGUCAUGACCAAGGUGGAGGACUUUGCCAAUCCCAUCGAACCCAGCAGUUUGGGCGGUGCAAAGAUUGCGGCUGAGAUCGUGCGGGUCGUGCGGACACAUCCCUUUGAGUUCGGAACGGUGGUCUACCCCAAGGACUAUGCGGACUCUGAGCUCGUACAGCCCUUGGCACCAGAGGUUUUAGCCUGGCAGGGCCUAGCGACAGGGGACUCCUUACGUGGAGCUGGGAGCUGA